CGAUGGGGCUGUGAUGUAAUGAGCCGGAGACUGGGAACUGGUCCGGAGACAAGGAGCUGGUCCAGACACAUCACCCUCUGCUUCUUUGGAGGCCGGCAGCUGCGGUUGUCGCGUGAACCCCAUCCUCCGCUGUUCUCCGCUGUGGUUUGAGUUCCAUUUUGGUCACCAUGUCGCUGUCUGCCUACAAGAAGAAGAUGAAGGAACUGCCCCUUUUCAACCUACUCUGCUCCUGCUUCAACCCUGAACCACACAGUAGAACUCUCUACAAGUUUGACGAUCCAGCUGACCAGAACUGGUGCUUUAUCUCUGACAUGGAGGUGAAGGAGCUGAACAAGCGAUCGUCUGGUCUGUCCUUCGAGGUCAUCCUGAAGCCGCCAUCCUUUGACGGGGUUCCAGAAUUCCACACGGCACUCCCAAAAAAACGGGACCCGUCCCUGGAGGAGAUUCAGAAAAAACUGGAGGCAGCUGAGGAAAGGAGGAAGUGUCAGGAGGCGGAGCUGCUGAAGCAUCUGGCUGAGAAAAGGGAACACGAGCGGGAGGUGAUCCAGAAGGCCAUUGAGGAAAACAACAACUUCAUCAGGAUGGCCAAGGAGAAGCUGGAGCAGAAGAACGAGAUCCAGAAGGAGAACAGAGAGGCCCACCUGGCGGCCAUGUUGGAGCGGCUCCAGGAGAAGGACAGGCGUUCAGAGGAGGUCCGAAAAAAUAAAGGUCUUAGAGCCAACGCAGAGCGAUAGAGGACCCUGGAUUCGGGGUGAUUCCAGUAUAAGCUUCUCAUCGAGGGUUUAUUUGUAAAUAUUUAUUCUGAACAAUGUAGGCAGCCAGUUAGAGGGGGAAAAGACAGUGAUUCUCAGCUCGGGGGCAUGUAAACAAAUGUAAACUCAAUUCCUCGUGCUUGUUGCUUGGUCGUGGCCUGUUCUGGUCCAGCCCGGGUCAGGUUCAAUCCAGUCCUGGCCCAGUCCGGUCCAGUAUUGGCCCUGCUCCGGUCCAGUGCAGGCCUGGUAUGACCUAGUCUGCCCUGUUUUGUCUCCCUCUGGCCUGGCCUGUCUGGUCCAGCAUGCCCUGAUCUCUUAUCUGUGAUCAUCGCUGCAGUAAGGAUUGAAACCCUUUUUUUUACAUUCAUUCCUACAACGUUUCCCCAUUUUAAAUGGAAUUCCCAGCUAUGGAAAGCACAAACCUGCCCCACAUUCAGUGCUGUGUGUGUAGAGGGGUUGUCCCUGUCUGAGGUGUCUCAGCACCCUCUCUUCUCACGUACGACCAUCUCCCACCACCCUCAUCAGCUUUGAUUUAACCCUUUG